UUCUCCUCAACUUCCAGCACCACUGCUGUUGGCACCGUCACCUCCCGGGUGACCAGGAAUGGGAAUGCUGUCAUGGAGAAGGACUUACUCAAUCAUGAGGACUUGGCAGGAGACCGGGGCAUGGUAGAUGAUAUCUUUGAUGAGACCUAUCGGGAGAAGGAGGGUCCCAAGCCCCCGCUGCGAUACGUCUGGAGGAAUAUCAUCCUCAUGAGCCUGCUGCACCUAGGGGCCAUAUUUGCAUUGACGCUGAUACCUUCUGCAAAGAUCCAGACAUUGGCAUGGGCUGUUCUGUGUUUCCUGGUGAGUGCUCUGGGCAUAACAGCUGGAUCUCACCGCCUCUGGAGUCAUCGCUCCUACAAAGCCACACUGCCCCUGCGGAUCUUCUUGACUAUUGCAAACUCCAUGGCUUUCCAGAAUGAUAUCUAUGAGUGGGUUCGGGACCACCGUGUCCAUCACAAGUUCUCCGAGACAGACGCAGACCCUCACAACGCCAUGAGAGGCUUUUUCUUCUCCCACAUCGGGUGGCUGCUGGUGCGCAAGCACCCGGACGUCAUCGAGAAGGGUCAGAAGCUGGACCUGAGUGACAUAAAGGCUGACAAAGUGGUGAUGUUCCAGCGCAGAUACUACAAGCCCUCAGUGGUGUUGCUGUGCUUCACACUGCCAACUGUAGUGCCCUGGUACUUCUGGGAUGAAUCCAUCAUCAUCAGCUUCUUCAUUCCAGCCAUCCUGCGCUACACCAUAGGGCUCAAUGCCACCUGGCUAGUGAACAGUGCUGCUCACAUGUUUGGCAACCGGCCAUAUGAUCAGAACAUCAACCCACGGGAGAACCCCCUGGUCAGCCUGGGGGCCAUAGGAGAAGGCUUCCACAACUACCACCACACCUUCCCCUAUGACUACUCCACCAGUGAGUUUGGCUGGCGCUUCAACUUAACCACAGCCUUCAUCGACCUCAUGUGCCUCCUGGGGCUGGCCAGUGAUCGCAAGAAGGUGUCCAAGGAGGCCAUCCUGGCUCGGAAAAUGCGGACUGGAGAUGGGAGUCACAAGAGUGGCUGAGUUCCUGCUCCCUUUCACACACAUCCACACCUCUCCUCCUCCUUUUUUCUCCCUUUCUCCCUUCCUGACCCCUCCAAACACGCUGGACAAAGGUUUAAUGUUCUGUUUACUAACUACUGAAUAAUGCUACCAGUUUGCUUAAGAAAAUGAUAAUGAGUUUUAACGCCCCUCCCAUGCUGUAUUUUACAUAAUGUAUUUAAGAUCUAGGACUCUGCCUUUGUAACGCAAGGCCACCCUUUCCCUCCUCUCCUUUUCCUUUUCAUUCUUUCUCUCCACCCCCUCUACCCUGUCUCCUGCUUUACAUUGUCCCAGUCUCUCCCUGGCAGAGGAGCUGUUAGGAAGUGGCCUGGGAAGGCCCAUUGCAGCUGGCUAUGUACCAUGGAGUUAAGGGAAGCCUGUACCAGCCAGAUGAAGAGUUGAUCCAAAGUCAGUGACCCUCUCC